AUAUAACCAGCAAAUCCCUGCCCGUUUCUUCCAUUCAAGCUAGGGAUAAAGCUCCAAAUCAAGGAAUUUAAUUCACUCAAUUCUUCUUUGAUCAAUCAUGUCUGGUCGUGGAAAGGGGGGCAUGGGUUUGGGAUUGGGUGGCGCCAAACGUCACCAGAAGGUGUUUCAGGACAACAUUCAAGGCAUCACCAAGCCGGCGAUUCGGAGGUUGGCGAGAAGAGGCGGCGUGAAGAGGAUUAGCGGCCGAAUCUACGAGGAAACCCGUGGAGUGCUCGUGAUAUUCCUGGAAAAUGUGAUUCGUGAUGCCGUGACUUACACGGAACAUGCACGGAGGAAGACGGUUACCACCAUGGAUGUGGUUUAUGCUCUGAAGAGGCAAGGUAGGACUCUCUACGAUUUUGGUGGUUGAUUUGUGUAUGAAUCUUGGUUUAAGAUUUGUAUUUAGCCGUCUUGUUAUAACUGUUUGGGCUUCAACAAUAGAAUAUUAAUGCGGUUCAUACCGUGUAUGUUUCACUUUCUAAAUUCUUAAUACAAUUACUUCCAAUUGUCAUAUUUGU